GAUUGUGUACAGUCGAAUCGUUACUAAACUGCACAAAUGAUAAAGAUAUUAAAAGUGUUUAAGGGCAAUGUGGAAUUGUUUUUUUAAAAAAUACGAAUCUUAGUUUUUAUAUUUUAGUGCAUUUUUUUUUUAAAUAAAUCUUAUAAUGUCUCCUAGUAACUCUAUGAGUUACGAAACAGAAUGUGAAAUUCAACAAAAAAUUUCAAGCUAUGAGGAAGCUGUUGGACAACUGGAUGUUUUUUAUGGAAUAAUUAAAAGACAAUUGCUGAGGUAUCAGAGCCCUGUUACUGGUCUGUUUCCUUGUUUAUCCACUGAUGAGACCAUUGGAAGUGUCAGGGAGAGCAUUUAUUGUGCAGCAGCUAUUUGGAGUUUAUACCAAUCAUACAGGAGAAUCGAUGAUGAUAGAGGAAAAUCCUAUGAACUUGGACAGUCUGCAGUAAAAUGUAUGAGAGGUAUUUUAACUUGUUGGAUCAAACAGUCUGCCAGGAUAGAACAGUUUAAGAAGAAACAAUGUGAUGCAUUCGCUCUUCAUAGUAAAUUCCACCUCCUCAGUGGAGCCGAAGUAUAUUCUGAUGAAGAAUAUAACCAUCUACAGAUCGACGUUGUUUCACUAUACCUUAUAUUUUUGGUACAAAUGAUAACGUCAGGCCUACAAAUUAUUUACACCCAAUCAGAAGUUGCUUUUGUACAGAACCUUGUGUAUUAUGUCGAGAGAGCUUAUAGGACACCAGAUUUUGGAAUGUGGGAAAGAGGUAGUAAAUAUAAUGAUGGAGUUCCUGAAAUCCAUGCAAGUUCUAUUGGAAUGGCAAAAAGUGCUUUGGAAGCCAUCAAUGGUUGUAACCUCUUUGGUGAUAAAGGUGCUUCCUGGUCUGUCAUAUAUGUUGACAUUGAUGCUCACAAUCGCAACAGAAGUAUAUUUGAAACAUUACUACCCCGUGAAUCAAGUUCUAAGGCAGUAGAUGUAUCUUUAUUACCUACAGUAUCAUUCCCCGCUUUUGCUAGUCAUGAAGUGGCACUUGUUAAUCGUACGAAACGACAAAUAAUUGACAAAUUGAAAGGUGUAAAUGGUUUUAAACGAUUUAGCCGGGAUGGAUUCAAAUGUGUUCUUGAAGAUUCCAGUCGACGAUUCUACAAAAAUGGUGAAAGUAAAGAAUUUGAAAAUGUUGAAUGUGAAUGGCCUCUCAUAUAUAUGUUUCUAAUAAUUGAUGGAAUGUUUUUUGGCUUACCAGAACAAGUUCAAGAAUAUCAAGAAUUGCUUAGCAAAGUUCUCUCUAAAGAUGAAUAUGGAGAUCCUCUGGUACCAAUGUAUUUCUACAUAGCAGAAGAGGAUAUCGAAAAAGAGAGGAAAGAACCAGGAAGUGCGAAACGAGUAAUGAGCGAUGAAGGAACUAAAUCAGUAUGCCUUUGGAAUCAGGCUAUGUACAUCAUUUCCCAGCUGCUCUGUGAGAGACUCCUCAAUAUCAAUGAGUUAGACCCUGUCCGGAGGUAUCUUCCGUCUUUUAGCCGACCCCGACGGACUGGCAGAUAUUCUGCCUUUCAGCAGGGAACAGCUACUGAUCUGGUUGUCCAGAUAGUCCUCAUAGCUGAGUCGAUGAGAUUACAGGCUAUGAUGGCUACCUAUGGGAUCCAGACGCAGACUCCGCACGAGGUGGAACCUGUCCAGAUCUGGUCAUCGAACCAGCUCGUUAAGGUCUAUGGUCAUCUUGGCAUUGAUGAAAAAUUGAAACUGUCUGGGAGGCCUCAGAGGCCGAUCGGUGCUUUAGGGACUAGUAAGCUAACAAGGCCAGGUCAACUCAGCAGUGGCUGCAGAACAUUCCAGAGUUCAUCUCUGCCUCAGAUUGGCCCUCAGGAAGUCCUGAUCUCAACCCACUAUCAACUUUGGUCCAAACUGGAGAGGAUGGCAUGUCACAGAGCACACCCUAACUUGGAAAGCCUCAAACAAUCUCUGGUUUAUAGGGUUUGCGGAAUGUCUGUACUUUGCUACCCAUUAAUAUUUGAGGUCUCAGAAUUCUACUUGUACAGGGACAUGGCACUUUUAAUCGACGAUAUAAAGACUGAGUUACAGUUUGUCAGUCGGUAUUGGAGACUUUCGGGCCGCCCGACUGUAUGUUUACUCAUCAGGGAAGAACAUAUGAGAGAUCCUCAAUUUAAAGAAAUGCUUAAUUUAAUGGCCAUGUUGAAAAAAGGUUACUGCGAAGGGAUAAAAGUCAGGAUCGGACGUUUACAGAAUUUGAUUUCUUCUUCUUGCAUAGAGCAUUUAGAUUUCAUGAGUAGUUUUGAUACACCAGAUUUUGAAUUUGAACAAUUUCAACAAAUCGAACACGAAUAUAUCGGUUAUCAGAGCCUCACAGAUGUCCCACUCCUUUCUGAUUAUUCUGAAGAACAUUCGUUUAUUAAGGAUGAGUAUGAAACAAAAUCUAUUCCGGAUAUUUUAGAAGCAAUUCGUAACACAAUAGCUCUAUACUCGUUAGCUCAGCUCUAUGGCGUCUUGUUGGCGAAAACAGGACCAGAUUAUGAAUUCAAAGAUAAGACUGUUCUAGAGCACAUAGAAUCGCUCUACCAUACUGCUGGUAGUCUCCAUUAUUGGCUCGCUGUUCGCUACUGUAGUAGUCUUCUUCGACACACCGUCGACAGCAUCAGCCCGUUUAUCACUGCUCUACUAGUCAAUGGAAAACAGAUCAGCGUUGGAGUGGUAGGUCAUGAAGAAACAGUUUUCGACAAACCACUCGUCCCGACAGAGAUCCGAGACGUGAUAUAUUCCACGAUCCAACCUCACGAUAUGAUACAGGCUGUUUUGCAGCAGGAGGUUGUACUAUAUUGCGGCAGGCUUAUCACUACUAGUCCUCACCUUUUUAAAGGCAUUCUCAAGAUCAGGGUCGGCCUCAGUUGUGGCGAUAGAAGAAGGCUUGAAGGGUGUGUUUGUAGAUCACCUCCAAAUUUUCAUCUGAAAGUUUGGGAUGUCCUCUCAGCUACAGAAGGUUUGAAAUUCGGCAAGACGGUGAUAUUGAGGCAACCGAUACUGACAGAUAUGAGUCGUUCAGAGCUCGCCUUUUCUCUUCUGGUCGAGGAAGCGUUGAAUAAGAUUGAUGAGCCAGAGUACAGGCAAAUAAUUGUGGAGUUACUACGUAUUGUCUCCACGAUCUUAUCAAGAAAUCCAGAAAUAACUUUCCAAAAGCAAUUUGACCUGGAUGACUUAGUCGAUCAGGCUAUUCAAAUGUUCUCAAAGGACACAGAUGUCGUGAAUGAGACGGCGGGAAGAAAGGAAUUCUUGACUAGCGAUGAAUCUAUAGCCGGAGGAUACCUCGCCCGGGCUGUUGUAAAUACAGUCUUAAAAAGAUCACGAUUUAUGGAUGAUUGUAGACUUUCCUAAUAAGAAUUUGCCUUAGUUAAGACAAAAUUAGAUUGAAUUGUUAUCCUAAUUUUAGAAACAAAUUGUUGUUUUUGUACAUAUUGUUGUACAUUGAUUUUUUUUUUUUUUUGUAUAAGAGCCUUAAACUAAUUAUGUUACUGUCUCAUGUUUGGUCAUAUUUAUGUCAACGACACAAAUUGUAUUUAUUUUUUUCUUCCUUUUUAUAACUAUUGGAUUGUGUAAAUAGGUUAUUUUAAAUUCUUUUAGUAACACUAAGAUCAAACUAUUCGAAAAAGUAAAUAAAAAAUUAAGACUGAAUUUGAAGUUAUUGAUUGUUUCGUUAAAUGAUUGAAAAUAUACUUUCUAAAUUUAAAAGCUCAAAAGUUCUUUGGAUUGACUUCCAAAGUCAAUCGUUUUAUUUUUUUAAGAUUAUAAAAAAAAAUUGAAAUUAAUAGAACAUAUAUUUUAUACCUGCCUAUGUCUCUAAGUCUAUACCUAUUUCAUCUAUUUUAACAUAAUACUGAUUUUGUCACUGAUACAAUCGACUGUCGAUAAUUCAAAAUUCCAGAGACUACAAGGAAAUUUCGAAUUGUCUAGACUUCGAAUUAUGAAAAGGUUCGAAUUAAGAGUUUUUAUGAUAUUUUUGAAAAUAUGUAUGAGGUUACAUAAAUUUUAUACAUACAUAGCCUCAAGUAAAAAUAAUGAAAAUAAAAAAAAAAUACAUUUUAACAUUACAAUAACAUACGUAAUUAAAAAUUUUUCUGUUUGUUUCAAUGAGGCUUGGUAUCUCUGAUCCAAAGCAUUUUCCAAAGUCACCACUGCUGAGAAUACUUCAUUGUUAACUUCUGUUUCCAUCAUAAAGUUCCGGAAAGUGCCAAGUGAUUUCCUGGGCUCCCUUGGUGUUACAUUUAUAGUUGAUUUUGGUCUUUGUCUUUGUGGUUGGAACCAUUCUUGCUAGAAGCUAAAAUUUCAGCGUCUGGUAACUUUUAAAAUUUUUGUUGUCAGGCACGGUAAGGGAGAUGUACUUCUGGCCUUGUACUCAUCGUGAUAAACUAAAGAGAAUUUGGAAGUUAAGCUAAGGUGAAAGGAAGUAAUUACGUGGAAAAUGAGGAGUAAACAUGGCUAGGAAAAUUUGAAUUUCAAAGAAGAGAAGUCAUCUAGUUCAAAUUAAAGAACAUUCUCUUUCCCACUCAUUACGAAAAGGAUUUCAAGUUGAGUGCAUUAAGAUACAGAAUUUUUUAUUUAUCGAAGUCAACAGCUGAUGAGUUCAAAUUAUCGAGAGUCGGCUUUAAUUCUUAUAUCAGUAGUUCUUAACUUAUAUUCUAACCUGGAAUAAGGUUAAUUCAUUCAUGAAUCAAUUCCGAUUCUGAAAUAAAGGCACUGUGUUAGCAAUAAUAAUAUUCCAUAAAAUCGUUUGAAUACGUAACAACAGAUUUUCAAAGUUAAAUGUUUCUAGCACCCUUUAUAAAAUUAUAUCAAUCCUAUCACAUACCUACUAUUUAAUCAUCAGGUGGUAUCUUGAUAGGUUUUUCGUUGUUAAACAGGAUGGUGCCAAUGCCCAAUGUUCAUAUGCGUCUUUCUCAAAAUUCCUUUAAUAUGGUUUAUUUUAAAUAACUAUCUCUCACAAUUCACCUAAUCAAGGCAAUGACAUUGUUUAAAAAACUAUUUCAUUGUACUUGUAUGAAAAAAGAAGUAAAAUAUAAAAUAAUUUCAUGGAUGUAUAAAGCAUAUGUUUAUAACCUUAAAUACAUUUACUGUAGUUUGAUAAUUCUAGAUCUGAUAUUAUAUUUAAAUAAUUAGGUAUCAACGUCCGUUUAUUCCGAAAUAUUGUCAUGUAACUUUUUAGAAAAUUAAAUUAGUGAAUAAUUUGAUGAAUCUUCCCUUUGUGAUAUUCCAACAAUACCCCCUAUUAUUUCAUUGUGCUUGUGUGAAAGAAGAAGUAAAUUAUAAAAAUAUUUCAUAGAUAUGUUUAUAACCUUAAAUAUAGUUUAAUAACUCUAGAUCUGAUAUUAUAUUUAAAUAUUUAGGUGUCUAUCCUCCGUUUAUUCCGAAAAAUCACCAUGUUACCUUUUAGAAAAUUAAAUUUG